CGAUACCUUCUCUUUCACACUUUGCAGAUGAUGCCCGCGACUCUCAGGGGAAGUGCUGCUCGUGCUGAAGGAACGACUAGGAGCGCAACACACAAGGACGCGGCGCGAGUGCGAGCGAGGGCAGCCCGCGCAAAGAGGUGCACCUGUAAUUCACGCUGCUCACUCGCCGAUGUGCGGAUAGUGUGAGAGCAUCCAGAAGACGUAUUCUACACCGCGCGCAUACCCAUGCUUGGGAUUUGGCUUUCUUUUUCUUCGCUAAUGCAAAAGGAAAUAUGCUGCGAAGCCUCACACUGCUCUAUACCAGUUUUCUGGGAUUGUGCUUCAGUUCCAGUUUCCCAAGUAAUAUCAACAUAGGAGGGUUAUUCCCAACCGAAUCACACGAAUAUGAAGUGUUUCGGUUUGCGCUCUCGCAUCACCAGGAUAUCCCUAAACUGGUACCUCAAGUGGAUAUGGUCAAAAUGGGGAAUAGCUUCUCCAUGACAUAUGCUUUCUGUUCGCAGUUCUCCAAAGGAGUGUACGCCAUCAUCGGCGUGUACGACAGGAAGACCGUCAACAUGUUGAUGUCGUUCUGCGGUGCGCUACACGUCUGCUUCGUGACGCCCAGCUUCCCCAUGGAAAACUCCAACCAGUUUGUUAUCCAGCUGAGACCCGAACUGCAGGACGCCCUGGUAGGCGUAAUCGAACACUACAAGUGGUCUAGGUUCGUCUACAUGUACAGCUCGGACUCUGUCUGUUCGCAGUUCUCCAAAGGAGUGUACGCCAUCAUCGGCGUGUACGACAGGAAGACCGUCAACAUGUUGAUGUCGUUCUGCGGUGCGCUACACGUCUGCUUCGUGACGCCCAGCUUCCCCAUGGAAAACUCCAACCAGUUUGUUAUCCAGCUGAGACCCGAACUGCAGGACGCCCUGGUAGGCGUAAUCGAACACUACAAGUGGUCUAGGUUCGUCUACAUGUACAGCUCGGACUCUGGCUUUUUAUGCUUUUUAUGA